UUUCGUGCUUCUUUCAUUAUGAUUUUGUAGGUGCGAGAAAGAUGCCUUUGAGAUAAGUCUUCUGUGCCUCGGCAUUUUACUUUUCCAAAUAACAAAAACAUCUUUCGCUAAUGUUUGGUGUUCUGAAACCUCAUAUAAGGAUCCUAGUCCGUCUGCACGCAGCAAAAAAUUCCUCCUAUCAUGAUGUCCUCACAAGCUAAAGUAAUCGAGAAGCUGAAGCAAAGCAUCCACCCGCAGGAGAAGGGUUCGGAGAGCAAGAAGGAGGAGGGAACAGACGAACUCCUCCCUUACAUGAUGGACUACUUGACUCCUGCCAUGGUUGAGGAGGCCAGGACGCUGCUCAAAGAGACGGACGACGUGAGGACGCUGGCCUUGGAAGAGCUAAGGAAAUACAUUGAAAAGGAAGCAAAUCUCGUGACCCCAACUGAUGAUCUUUUCCUGCUAUCCUUCCUGCGCUCCCGCAAGUUCAACGUCAAGAAGGCCUUCAAGCUGCUGCAGAAUUACUGGUGUUUCCGGAAGGACUAUCGUUUCAUUUACGACACCAGUCAGAAAGACAGCGUUGCCAGGCUCAUACUCAGGAAUUUCCUAGGAAUGUUACCUUACCGAGACCGCAAUGGAUGCGUUGUCCUCAUCAUGAAAAUUGGCAAUUGGAAUCCAGAUGAAGAUACAUACGAAGACCUGUUUCGGGCCAUCAGUGCAGUUUUGAUCCACUCCAAUAAGUUCGCAGCAACGCAAGUGGCCGGAUACCGCAUGAUUUUCGAUGCCCGGCAUCUAACUUGGGCACAGUUAAAGUACUGCACUCCUGCAAAUAUUUUGCUGCUAGUCAAAUCAACCCAAUACUGUUUCCCUGCACGCUACAAAGGAUUCCACAUUUUGAGCGAGAACAAAUUGUUCAAUUUGGCUUGGUCCAUUGUCCGACCGUUGCUGACACAAAAACUGAAAAAGAGGAUCAUCCUGCACGGCAACGACCUGAGUCCGCUUCUAGACUACAUCCACCCUUCAGUGCUCCCCGACGAAUAUGGGGGUGAGGGAGGACCCCUGGAGAACAGCAAAUGGUUGGACGUAAUCGAAAACGAAGCCGACAACAUCCUGGGACUCCUCAAUUACGGAUAUACGGGAUUGAAUUUUCGUCAAUCAUUGUAGCAAUUAAAACAAAUUCAUUACAGACAGCAAUUUUUUCCCCUUACGUGUUUUUUUUUAUUUUAUAAAAGAAAUGGUUGUAUGAUGUAACAUUUAUGUAUGAAUGUCUAGUCUUUUAUUAAAAAUACGAGUAUUAUAAUUGGAUUUUUCUGCACAUAUUUUAAAACUGACAUACGUGGCUGUGAGAAGCAAAGGGAUGUAGGGAUGUUUUCAAGUUUUGAGUGAAACGUGUUUAAAGUUCCGGUUCUAGGUAGGCUUUCAUUGAGAAAGUUUUCUAAAUCAUGCUGUAUGGCCAGGUCCGUGUCCAGAUUUUCAUAAAGGGAGGGGUUUUAAUCUUACCUGCGGGAGGGGGAAUCGAACCCCCCACAACCUUUAGUUUACGACAAAUUGCCGAUCCCAGUAUGGCGUUUAUACACCUGGAGGGGCUGCUGAACCCCCCCCCUUUUUUUUGAGGGAUAGUUUUGGCUGCGCAGGUGACCAAAGUAAUUCUUCAUUUUACAGGUUCACUUUAAUCUAACCUUGUUUGUUUCUUUUUAAUUAAAUCUUCUUACUAUGCGGUACAUUGCAAUAAAUACUAAAAUGUAUCCACAAAUUCUUUUAUAAUGUAGAAUGUAUAUCAGGUUUUAUGUUCUAAAUAAUUGAAAUAAUGCUUAAUAAACUAACAAGAAAGAGGUUAUUGCAGAUACAAAUUACAUUACCAAACACCAUCACUAAUGCAUUUUCAUUGCUACAAACUAUGCUAAAUUCAUCAUAACCUCCUUACAAUAAGCAAUACUAAUGCUUUGCAUUGAUUGAUCAUUCAGCAGUUAUUCCACCUAGUUUUUCCAAAAUAUUAUUUCAUUUAAUCAAGCUUUAACAGUUGUAAAUUUGCGGACAAACUUAAGAAAAGAGAAAAAGUUAAAAAAAAAAAAACAAAAAAACCCCGCUGAACACAAACUUUACAUUAAAAUUAAUUUAAGCCAAAAAAAAAACAUACAUUUUCUUCAUUUUACUUAUUAUUUUUCGCCAAUGGGAGGGGUUUAACCCCUAAAAACCCUCCCCUUUUACACGGCUCUAGUAGUACCUACUUGCUAUACAGCAUCUAUUAGCACCAUCUUUGACACCAAAACAGAGGAGAAGGUCACCUACCAUUUGUACUAGUUAUCUCCAAUUUUUUAAUUUUGACACUUACAUCCCUUUGCUUCUCACUACCUCAUUUGUUUACAGGAAAAUUCAUAUAUGUUUUCUCAAAUUUUCAGUCAUGAAUAUGGUCAAAUUUCGAUCACUGGCAGAAUACUAAAAUACAUGUCAGUAGAAUAAUUUUUAGUAAAAUUUAAUGUUUUCAAAAGUAAUAAUUUAUUUGGUUAUGAUUUUCAAUUGAAUUCCAUUAGUUAAAAUUAUAGAAUCACAAUAAAUCAUGAAAUCAUUAUUUUUAAAUUUUAACUUGGAAUAAAACUGUACACAAAUUCA